CGGAUGAGGCAAGGCCGUCGAACCCAUCGCCGUCCCGGGCUCAGGGGGGAUGGGAUCCGAAUUCCUAGAUCUGCCCCCAGUCAAGAGUCAACACCUUGUCCCCGAAACAAACAUGAGGCUUACCUAGUGCCAACUCUGCCGCUGUCUCAAUCACACGACCCAGGCAUCCGGGUGUGUUCAGGUGUGGUUUGCUGUGCUCGUAAAGAGACCCUGCUUUGUCGGUGGCUGGCAAGCUGGGGGUGGAGAGAGAGGGAGAGGGUGCGAAAUAAUACAGAAGAGAGAGAAGACAGCGGCAGCAAACGCCUUCCUGUGUGCAUCUCCCACGCUUACUACCUUGUACCUUUCCAUCCACCUCCCACACCUUUUUUUCUUCUGUCUACUUCUCUCUGAUGGUGCAGACAGCGCGUGUUCGUUCGUGAUUUCUCUCCCACGCUUCUCGAAAUCAAGGCAAGGGAUUUGUCCAUCUGCUCGGGCACCCACGCCUGCAACCCCCAACACUCCCAACACUAUUCGUCUACCCGCGGAUUGUCAUACCGCGAGGCCGUUUCCCAGACUCGCACCUUGAGGCUCCAGAUCCGGCUUUCCUGGGCUCUGUCCCACUUGAUCAGAUCCGUCGCCCCCUUUUCCUGUUACUCGAGCGUUGCCCGCCCUUGUUAGACUCCAGCUUGCGCCAUCAAACUUGUCGACACAAUGCGCCAAUGGCAAUGAAGAGUCGAGACUCCGGGGCACGAGCUUUGCAUGAAGAAGGAUCUAGAGGAAUGCGACGAAGACGGCGACGGCAACAAGAUGGCCGGAGACAAACAAGAUGCUAGGGGUGCCUCGGAACAAGUCCGAAACGUCCAGAAAUAUCAAGCUGCAGCCGCCAAAGACGACGUGACCGCUCCGUCCUCGUUGUCGUCCACAACACCCACCGCCGAAUCCAAGAUGCCUGGGCGUGCCGAGUGCGGUUCGCCUAAAUGGGACAUCAAAGCCGAAGAACGUCAUGACGAGCCUCGCUCCGCAGACUCAGCCUUGGACGAGCCCUCUGAGACUCGGAAGGACUCUGCUCAAGAGGCCGAACCUUUACCUUACCAAGAGUCACAAUCUGCAACCUGCGAACAUUGGUGCCCGGGAGACCCUGAAGGCGAAGACUCGAUCGUCGUUCCUCCUUGCAUAAGCGAAACUGAAGUUGACGCACUCGUCGGUGCCAUUCCUUGUCCGCCCGUGACCAAGGAAACCUUGGAAGAGCUCGAGCUGGUUUACAUACAGUCGAACAUCAAUCUGCGCAUCGAUAUCAACUUUGACCAUGACCUCCACUUCACCCCUAUUUCCGGGGAAAAGGGAGAGCUAAAGAAGAGGCAAGCGAGAAGAUAUUGGGAUAGUCUGAAGACUGAGCUGAAGAUAGUCUACCACCACGAGCCCCUGGGCUCGUGCGGCGAGUGUGAUAGGAGGCGCUCUUUGAGCUCCGCUAAGCCAGUAUCAUUCAAGCGAAGGUUGCCUGCCUUGUUUCGGAAGUUGAAAGAGUUACUCGUCAUCCUGAUCCCGGAUAGGGACCAGUACCAGAUCAGCCAGUAUCUUGACGUGCCUCUGCUUCUGCAAGAGGUGUCUCAUGGCCUCUUGGACAUUGUCCGGUUGGCCCGAUGGCUCGAUAGCCUGCUUACAAGUCACUGCGCACCAAUGCGGGACGUCUAUGCACAUGAGAUGGCGGAACAAAUAGAGCAGGGUGCAGAGACUGGAGACCUACACACUCUUGUUCUUGGGAUCGAAAAGCUGUUUCAGUUUUUGGAGGCCAUGAAGCUCGACGUCGCUAAUCAUCAGAUCAGGAGCUUCCGUUACCUCUUGAUCGAUGAUACCGUCACAUUCCAGCAAGACUAUUUCAGGUCGCGUAUUAGACACGGUGAGCUCAAGAUCGAAGAGUCACGAGCAUGGUACUGUGAUGCUGUUGAGAAGCACCGACAAUGUCCAGUUGAUAGCAACAGCACACGAACCCUUCCGACGGCCGCGUUAGUUCAUGGGAUCCUCGAGCUCUGCCUUUGCCAUGACUUGGAGGUUCCGGCCACGCUUGCCUACGAUCACAAGCGGCUGAAAGAGAUCCGGAUGGACUUUCAGGACAUGAUUCAUCUCGACAUCUGUCUGUCAGUCUUUGAUCAGUUGCUUCGGGAGCUGUUGGGUCACGAUCCCACCACCUCCUGGCAAGGUGUCUUGGAGGCUCGCGUAUUGGAGAUGCAUAUGCUCUUGCGGAACAGAAUCAUGGAUCUCACCGACGGCGAUCUCGAGGGAACUCCUAUGCAGGAAAUCUGGUUGCGACAUGCCGGUGCCGUUGCUCUGGAGCUGACACGGGCUGCUUUCCUCAUCUGGCCCGGUUCCACGUUUCCCAUCCCCGACUCCAUGGUCAGCAAGACGACUAUCAGAUUGAUCGCGCAGUUUGAGGAAGAGGAUCAACUCCAGCAUCGUGCCAGGACGCUUCUACGGGCGCUCGAAGGGGCGACCAACGAGCACACAAGCCAAUUUCAAAGCGGAACCAUCUUGGCCAUCUCGCAAGCGCAGAAGCAGUGGCAACAGGUUCGAGCAUCGAGGCAACAAUGGCGCUCCCUCCCGGAAAUGGAAGACAUUGCGCGAAGAGUGGCACAUAUCGCGGUGGUGCAUUGGCGAGUUUGGGCGGACCUUGUUUAUUUGGCGUCUUCAGACGGACACGAGGGUUGCAUUGGUGAGACUGACAGCGUUUCUGGGCAUGGGGAUCAGCAUAUCUCGGACAGUCGGACGGACCAUGUACAACAACAUUCUGAUCCAGAAGAUCAGGAGGACGAGGAGGCGCAAGAAGAUGGUGGAGGAGAGGAAGAAGAAGACGAUACCCAUUUGGAUUCGACGUGAGCGCAUUCCCGGCGUUGGUGGGUUCUCAGGAUAUUUUUCUGGUCAAGGCCUAGAGAGGGCUGCACGAACUUGCGCCUACGAAAGACAUGACUUUCUCCUUGCAUGAGGGGGGGAGUCGGGACGGAAAAGUUGGGUUUUUGGAUGGGAUAUACAACUAUAAUGUGUUUAGUUUCUCGGGGCAUUCAUUCUUUUUUUUUCCUGUUUGUCUGGCGCUUUGAAAUGUUAUAUGCGGAUAAGUCCAAUGAGCUAGCUAACUGGCUGCCUAUGUCGAAGACGGGCGUGUUCU